AUGGCUCUCAACUACUCCAUUCCGGACAGCCUCGUGGGGGUUCUAUUCGUCCCGGACAUGCUCGCCAACCUCGAGACUGUCUCUCUCGACGUGGUGAGCGUGUGCAACGCCUCGGUCCAGGCAAUGCGCAUCAAUGAGACCAUCAUCAACCUCGCCCGGCUCUUCGAGCUCACCAACGGCACGGCUGAUAUCCACGCCAUUGCCGACAACCUCGGCGCGAGCACGGAGCGCGUCGAAAUAUUGCAGAAUGCCUUCGGGGGCAACGAGACCUUCAUGCAGAGCGUCCUCUGGUUCUCCCGUGCCGUCAAGACCUCGACCGACUGGCCCGUCGAGGGUGGGCUGCUAGCCAUGAUCAUCAUAUUCCUGGUUGUGUCGUACAUCACCACUGGACUGCGUCUGUGGUCGAGAUGGAGAUUCCACGACCAGGGCAUCAAGCCUGUGGAUUAUUGCAUCGUUGCCGCCCUGCUGGUGGCUACGGUCAUCAGUGGGGACUUUGGAAAUAAUGUCGCACUGCUCACUAAUGAGGGGACUGGCUCCAUCUGGCUGAUGACUUUCAAGACUCUGACUCUGACUCAAGUUCACGCCGAGAUCGAAAUAGUGGUGUACCACCUCGCAAUCUUCCUCAUCAAGAUGUCGCUGCUCCUGUUCUACUGCGAAAUGACACACCCCAAGUCUGUCCAACGCAUGUUUGUCUACUUCGUCAUAUUCGUGUCAUUUGCCACGAACACUGCCGGGUUCUUCUUCCAGCUCUUCAAAUGUACUCCGGUCGACUACUGGAACAAUUGGCUUGACUACACCUGUCUCCCGUAUCGAGGAAAGUUUGUGUUCGGAGUUGGUAUUUCCAACAUCAUUACUGACAUCUUCAUCUGGUUUAUACCCAUCCCGACCAUCUUCGCCCUCAAGAUCAGCAACAAAACCCGUCUUCUCUCACUAGCCGUCAUCUUCUCCAGUUCCGUGGCCGUCGUCUUCUCCGUCCUGCGAGUCAAGGCGAUCUGGCUCGGCCACGCCUCGGCCGUGGAGACGGGCAACCUGGCGGACUUCAGCACGUCGACCUACACGCAGAUCGAGAUGCACACGAUGAUCUGGGCGUACAACGUCCCGGCCAUCCGCUCCAUCUGGUUGUGGCACAAGAAUAUGAGCACGACGCGCAAGGCGGCACAGAUUUCGGACGGAUCACGUCCGAACCCAUUCGGUAGCCGGGGAACCCAGGACAUCAAAGUCAACACUAUCGACAGCACUGUCAGAAGCGGAACCUUCAUGAGGAGUCGCGGUGACUCGAGCGACAUGCCACUGGAUGAGUUCCGCACUUUUGCGAGUCCCAAUUCUGCUGUCUAG